AUGACCAAGUUGUUACUGCGUCCUUCGGUCGAGGUAGCAGCCUGUGGAGCGUCGUCAGUGACAGCAUCGACGGUCUGUACCCGAGGCCGACAGGGGGUUUAUCCUCUUCUCAAUUCCUAUCCGACCGUGACGGCUGAACGACCAAAUGGGGAAUCUUACCUGGUCCUUCAGUCAUGGUAUGAUCUUGACUUCCGCGUUAUCGUCUACGUAGAACUGGAAAUAACUGUAAUAGACCAUAUGGAGUACUACGAGGUGCGGAAAAACCUAUGCUGUAGGGAAGGAAAAACGGCGAACGUAAAGGUCAUGGGUAGGAGCUGA